UAAAAAAAAAGAAUUUUUCUAGAAAAAAAGGUUCUGUGCUUAGAUCUGUUGGUUGUGUGACAGCCGGUUAUUUUUUUUAAAGCUAAUGGGCAUUCUGUGUGUGUGAUUAAAAGAAUGGAAGAGGGAGGGGAAGAGAUUUGGAUGUGCCGAUUAUAAUAUUUUUUGUUUGAUAUUUGGCGCCAAAGAUAAAAGAAAGAGAUUGAAAAUAUGGAAGGAUUAAUAUUCGAAAAAAGCAAAAAGAAAAUUGGAGACGGAUUUGAGAGAGAAGCAGAAAGAAAUUUGUGGAAAUUGGGGACGGUAAUGAUGCGGAUCGGAAGCGAAAAAAUUUGGGAAGAAGGAUUGGGGGAUUUGGGGCAAGGGAUUGGCGAACAUGCAAAGAACGAUAGCCAGAGGGGAUUGAUGGGUAGAGGGUCUAUCAAAGGGAUAAAAAGGGUCCAUUAAUCGCGCCCAACAGCACAAAAUCGCCAAAAACCAGUCAGCCGAUAAGCGACCAAAAUCCGUCCACCAUUCCCACUCUCUCUCCUUUUCAUUCCUGCCCCCAAAACAGAAGCAAAGCUAGUAUACGAAGAAACAACCC